UUCCAUUAUAAAACUUUUAUUGAUUGAAAUAUAAAUUCUCAUCAUGCAGGAAGGAAGCACAGAAACUCGUUGAUAAUAUUACUUUGCUGUGGUUUCUUUAACAUAUCGUACGUGUUUAUAACAUCUUAGGGCUGGUACAAUAGGUGUAAUUUGUGUGUUGGUUGCUCGUCUGCUCGCUAGCACCAUGACUGACAACAUCCCAAAGGACCUCCGCUACCUGCGUGCCUGUAUGGUCUGCUCGCUCGUCAAGACAAUGGAUAUGUUUGAGACAGACGGCUGCGACAACUGCGAUGACUUUCUCAACAUGAAGAAUAACAGAGAUAACGUAUACGAUUGCACGUCUAACAACUUCGAUGGACUGAUCGCUCUGAUGACGCCUGACGACAGCUGGGUGGCGAAAUGGCAACGGAUAAAUCGGUGCGUGAAAGGCAUCUAUGCUAUAUCAGUGACGGGACGCUUGCCGCCCACCAUCAUCAGGGAGAUGAAGUCCCGAGGCAUCAAGUAUCGCUCCCGGGACAUCACCACCAGAUAGAACCACCAACAUCACCUCCAUGUCAUUCGUUUUAUUUUGUUUACGUCAAUUUUUGUGUAGAAUACAAGUUAGAUAUACGUGUGCUACGCUGUCGGAGUGUUACCUAUGUAAUGACAGCGACAGUUUAUAAUUAGGAUGCAAUUCUUUGAAAAUCCCCACAAAGUUUAGCAACAAUAAGUUAUUAGCAUGCGAUUUUUUCAAUUUGAAUCGGUUUACAAUUUGAUGGAUUAUAAUCAGGGGGCCCAUUUUUUUGGAAUCCGAGCAAAGUGUUCUUUCUUGAAUAUCUUUAAUAUAUUAUCAACUUCCCAUCAUUUUGUUUCUAGUUGGUUGCCGCCUCUUGUCUUCCGUGUUUAUUCAGAUUCUUGUGUCGAAAAAAUUGCACUUGCACACAAUUUUCUCUCCAUGCAUUCAUCAUCUUCCAAGUUUUUUCCCCCCAUUACUGUUGAAAAUAACUAAGCCUUCAUCGGAUUUCGAAACUAAGCAAACUCCUCAUGUAAUCUAAUUUACUAAUAAGUUCUUUGCGAUGUGGAUAGACUUAUUUAAAUUUUCGGCAAUGAUUGAAUUCAUGCCAAAUUUUACUCGAGUUAUACAAUUGUGAUAGUAAUAAAUUUCUGAAUCCUCUCGUC